UUUUUUGACUUUUUUUCACAAUCGUUGCACGAAAAAACAAUGAAUUCCGACUUGGACGACGUGUUUCGUUGGAUAGACGAUCACGAAAUCAGCCGGCAAAAGAAAAAUUUACACAGAGACUUUGCCGACGCAGUACCACUGGCGGAAAUUCUCAAGAAACACUAUCCGAAACUUGUGCAGCUGCACAAUUACAGUUCGGGAAGCGCUCUGGCACAGAAAAUCAUCAACUGGGAAACUUUAAAUAGAAAGGUUUUAAACAAACUGAAAAUAAACCUAACCUAUGCCGAGCAAGAGCAACUAGCAAAAGCAGUACCAGGAGCUGUAGAACGAUUGUUGCACAAAAUCAAACAAAAAGUAGAAAAACAAACUAAAGAAAAAGCUGAAGAAAAUGACGAACAAGUUUAUUUUUUGGAAGGCGUCACGAAUUCGGAAUCGCUAGAAGGAGUUCUCGAUAUAAAAAUUAAAGCUGGCUCGAGAACUUCUAGCCAAAAAAUGCUACCUGCUGAAAUUUAUCAAAAAAUGGAAUUAGAUUUGGCCCAAAAAGAUGAGGAAAUCAAUAGCCUAGUGCAACAAGUAACUCAUUUGACUAAUCUACUAAAACUGAAAGAAGACCGCAUAAUAGAUUUGACCAAUCAGCUUCAGUCCAUGGCAAACGGCGACGGUGACCGUGCUUCACCAAGAACAAGAUUUUUCGGCAAAAUUUUCUAAAUUUAUCAAAUAUACAUUAUAUAUUUUUAAUUUU